GACGUCGCCCCACUUUCCUCCUACACGUGGUUUGUGAAACAACCGGCAACAUUCUCUUCAGAAGGUUAUAUACAGGGUUUGUCAGGCGUCUUUCGACCAUGCCAAAUCCUGAGUGUUUCUUCGACAUCACGAUCGACAAAAAGCCGGCUGGCCGCAUUUGUUUUGAGUUGAGAGCUGAUGUGGUUCCCAAAACAGCAGAGAACUUCCGAGCUUUGUGCACAGGAGAGAAGGGUUUUGGGUUUGCUGGUUCCAUUUUCCACAGAAUAAUCCCUGACUUUAUGAUCCAGGGCGGAGACUUCACAAAGGGCAAUGGUACAGGAGGGAAGAGUAUCUACGGAAGCAAAUUUCCGGACGAGAACUUCCAGUUGAAGCACGCUGGGCCAGGGACAUUAUCAAUGGCAAACAGUGGAAAGAAUACAAAUGGUUCCCAGUUCUUCAUCUGCACAGCUGAUACUCCUUGGCUUGAUGGUAAACAUGUUGUAUUUGGUAAAGUCACAGAAGGAAUGGAUGUUGUGAGGGAGGUAGAGAAAUGUGGAUCAAGCAGUGGUAAAACGUUAAAGAGUGUGGCCAUCGCAAAGUGUGGGGUAUUGUAGAGGGAAAUCCCAGAAUGCCACAGGACUGAAUAUCUCUAUAGAAACGGCCUACAGAUGUACCCAUAUAGCAUAUAUAUAAGCUUAUGUAACACUUGUCAGUGUUAAAUUAUUCUAUUGAUUAUGGGUAAUAAAUGAAAUGGUAAAGUGUU